AUGGACUUCCCCAGCGCGCUGGCGAUCCUCGCCUCACCCGGCGGGCACGCCGUCCCCCGGGCGGAGGCCGAGUCGAUCGUCCAGGCUGUCGUGAACGAUCCGUCGCGCGGCAUCCAGGCGCUUUGCCACGCGCUCGAGUGCGACGGAUCCCGCCGCCUCGCCGCGGUGCUCCUCUCCACCGCGGCGGCACGGCACUGGAGCGUCCUCGGGAACGACGCGAAGGCGGCGAUGCGGCAGCGGACGCUCGCCGCGCUGUCGCGCGCGGAGGACCGCGCCGAGAUGCGCGCGCUGGUCCACGCCGCCGACAUCCUGGCGUCGCGCUCCGCCGACGACGGGUCCCCGUGGCACGAGCUCCUGCCCGCGCUCGACGACGCCGCGAAGUCCGCGCGCGCCACGCACCGCGAGGCGGCCGUCCUCCUCCUCGGCAGCAUCGUGGAGUCCACGGGGGCGCACAUGAACGACCACCACGCAGCGCUCGUCGCCCUCUUCGCCGCCCAUCUCGACGACCCGGGUUGGGAGGUACAACAAGUAGCGACGCGAGCGCUGGGAACCACCGCGCUCGCCCUGCAGCGCCGCGGGGACUUCCUCGUUGUCGCGGACCUCCUCCCGCGCAUCCUCGCGGCGUGCGUCGACGCCGCCGCGCGACGACUCGACCGCUCGGACGACGAGGGAGUCGCCGUCGCCACGGAAGCAAUCGCCGCCGCGGCGAGCGUCGACUCCGACGCCGCGUUCGGCCCCGACGCCUCGCUCCUUCCCCGCGUCGUCGACGUUCUCGUUGGGGUCGGUACCGACCCGCGAUUGUGCCUGGACGGACGCGCGCGCGCGGCGGCGUUCGACGCGCUCGGGUGCCUCGCGGCGUCGCACCCCGGCCUCCUCGACGAGCCGAGGCCGACGGCGGCUGCGGUGGGAGCUGGAACGGCUGGAACAACUGUAACGGCUGUAACGGCUCCGACGACGACGUUGGCUGAUGAGAUCAUGCCCCGUCUGUGCGCCGCCGCCGCCGCCGCGGGCGUCGACUUCACCGCCGCGGGUCGCGCGGAGGGCGAGGCGGAGUCCGGCGGCUACGCGGCGGCGGCGAGGUCGACCCUUCGACGGUUUUCGCUCCACCUCCCGCCCGCCGUCGUCCUCCCCCACGUCGUCGCGCCCCUGGACGCGGCGUUAAUAGCCGGGGCGGCGCCCUCCCCCGGCGCGCUCGCGUGCCUCGCCGCCGUGACGGAGGGGUGCGCGAGCGACCUCGCGGAGGAUCCCAUCGCCUCGAACGUCAUCGCGGCCGUCGCGGCGGCGAUGGAAUCGACGGAUCCGGCCUCGAAAGUUGCCGCCGCGUUGGCGUUUAAGGAACUCGCGGAACACGCCGGACACGCGCUCACGGAGCUCUUCUCCCACGCCGUGAUCCCCACCCUCGUCGCCGCGAUUAGUUUAGCGGUGGAGCACGAGACGGAGGGUGGGCGGGGCGACGCCGCGGAGUCGUUCGUCGCGCCGACGCACGCCGCGGCGAGCGCGCUGUGCGCAAACUUUGGGUCGGACGAGAUCGCGCCGGCGCUGCCGGGGGUGAUCCCGCCGCUCCUCGGGGGCGCGCUCGGGGGUUGGCGGCGUGGGGACGGCGCGCGGGGAGUACACCCGCCGAUACGAGUACCCCCUCGCACGAACCCCCGCGCGCGCGCGAGGUGUCUCGACACGCUCGAGCGGUUCGCUCACGCCGCGGCUUGGGAGUUUGAGCCUUUCGCGAGCGACGUCGUCGCCGCGCUGGCGACGCUGGCGACGACGAACGGCGGCGGCGGCGGCGGCGGCACCGACGACCGCGACGACGAGGGCGUCGCGGCGGUGCGCUUCAGGGCGCUCGCCGCGAUGGCCACGGUGAUUGCCGCCGUCGGGGAGGAGAGCGCACCCCCGGGCGCCGUGGACUCGAUCCUUUCCUCGGCGACUCUCGCGCUGUCGGCGGGUUCCUCCGAGGACGCCGUCGCGAGGGAGUGCGCGUUUCGGUGCUUCGGGCGACUGGCGACGGUGCUGGAGCGAUCGCUGGCGCCGUGGCUCGGCGGGGCGAUCGCGGCGGCGGCGGCGACGCUCGCGGCGGCGGCGGAGGCUGCUGAAGCCGCGGGAUUUCAACGCGCGGUUUCAACCGGCGGUUUCAACGAGUCCAUCGCCGCCGCGGAGGCGCUCGGCGCCCUCGUCAACUCGUGCGGGUUCGCGACGAGACCGCACCUCGCGGUCGCGCUGGCGGCGCUGGGACGCGCCGCGAGCUCGCCGUCGUCGCCCGUCGCGCUUCGAGUCGCGUCGGCGCGUUCGCUCGAGUUUUCGCUUCGACCCCUCGAGGAGUCCGACGGCGGCGGCGGGGGGGACGGGGACGGGUACGAAAAGUCGGCACCCGGGGACGGGGACGGGGACGGGGACGGGGACGCCGCCGCCGCCGCCGCGCGGGAUCUCGCCGCGGAGACAGUCGCGCUGCUCGCGCGGCUGGUGACGGAGGACGAGGAGCCGGAGGUUGCGCUCGCCGCGGCGACGUCGCUGGAGGAGUCGGCGUCGGCGGCUGGGAGGUUGGGCGCCGCGGCGGCGGCGGCGACGGCGGCGGCGGCGGCGUCGGCGUUGCUCGACGGGUCCGCUCGGUGCCAGGCGGGUCUCGCGGAGGGGGAGGGUGGGGAGGACGGGGAGGACGCCGGGACGGUGUUCUUCGACCUCGAGGACCAGGCGAGAAGGCUGAAGAAGUCGCUAGGCUGA